CAUCGCCAUCAAUCAUGGCUACCGAGGCAGGCCCUCUCGGCCCAUCGGCCAUCCAAAAGGCCAUGGCCGAAGCUCUGCCCGCCCACGAUUCCCAAAACGACUCACCAGCCAUCAGGAGCCCGUACGAGGCCAUCGCUCUGGCUGUGCACGCCUAUCUGGCUCUGCUCGACUUCCGGCUGGUUGGCUUUGAUGAGUCUCGUUUUCUACCGGAAUGCGAAUCCCUCGCCCCUCGCCUCCCCCCCUCAUGGAACCAGAGGCCGGAAUCCGUGUCGCUCGUGUACAAGCACAAGCAGUCGUCCAUGAUCUUCGUCGUGCGCGUCGAUCGCCUGGGCUCAAAGGCCGAGAUCCGGGGCCUCGCCGUCGGCGACGAGAAGAUUUACCGGAUCGAGUACGCGGUCAAGGACGUCGUCCAGGAAAGCGCGCUGCCGCUUCGCAUGACCGACGACAGCGGGAAUGAGUUAGACCGGGAGGGUGUUUUGGUUGAGCGCAUAGGGGGAUUGUUUGCGGGCGGUGCUGUUGAGCGGAUAGCGCGCGAUGUCAAGGUUCAGAUUGUGCAGAAGCUGAUUCCGGGCUUGGUCAAGGAGGGAUAUUCUGAGGAGGUGGAUAAUGGUGCUAGUCGUCCUCAACCGGGCCGUCACAAUCCCUCUGAUCCUGCGCGCCCUACCAGCUCGGAUCCUAUCAAUCCAUAUGGCAUCCCUCCCCAGCCGUUCCCCCAGCCAGCUUCUGCUCGUCACCCACCUCCGAUGGGCGACUUCCCGCCUCCGGGAUUCGAAGACGAGCACCAGAUCAACAGCCCGCCGGGGAUGAUGGGCGGACUACGCAUGCCCGGCCAGGGAGGACACCCAUUCAACAUUGGACACGACGAUCUGAACCCGAGCGGGCUCGGACCUCACGAUCCGCUCCGGGCAUCUUUCGUAGGCGGCGGACGGGGGCCUCGGGCCGGCGGCUUCUCGGGCAUGCAUCCCACAUUCGAUGACCCGCUCUUCACCGGCCAGGGACGGGGACGCGGGGAGGGGCCGGACGAAGGGUUCUACGACCCGCAGGCGCCUCCGGGGGCGAGAUGGGAUCCGGUCGGGCCGGGCGGUGGGCCGAGCCGUUGCGUUGAGCAUGAGGUCUGA